CCCCGACAAGGAAGGAAGAAGCAGUUGGUUCGAUCUCUGGUAAUCUAUGCCAGCAAUUAUGACAAUGUUAGCAGACCAUGCAGCUCGUCAGCUGCUUGAUUUCAGCCAAAAACUGGAUAUCAACCUUUUAGACAAUGUUGUGAAUUGCUUAUACCAUGGAGAAGGAGCCCAGCAAAGAAUGGCUCAAGAAGUACUGACACAUUUAAAGGAACAUCCAGAUGCGUGGACAAGAGUUGACACAAUUUUGGAAUUCUCACAGAAUAUGAACACAAAAUAUUAUGGACUACAAAUUUUGGAAAAUGUGAUAAAAACAAGGUGGAAGAUUCUUCCAAGGAACCAGUGUGAAGGAAUAAAAAAAUAUGUUGUUGGCCUCAUUAUCAAGACAUCUUCUGACCCAACUUGUGUAGAGAAAGAAAAGGUGUAUAUCGGGAAAUUAAAUAUGAUUCUUGUCCAGAUACUUAAACAAGAAUGGCCUAAGCAUUGGCCAACUUUUAUCAGUGACAUUGUUGGAGCAAGUAGGACCAGCGAAAGUCUUUGUCAAAAUAAUAUGGUGAUUCUCAAACUCUUGAGCGAAGAAGUAUUUGAUUUUUCUAGUGGACAGAUAACUCAAGUGAAAGCAAAGCAUUUAAAAGACAGCAUGUGCAAUGAAUUCUCACAAAUAUUUCAACUUUGUCAGUUUGUAAUGGAAAAUUCUCAAAAUGCUCCACUUGUACAUGCAACCUUGGAAACACUGUUGAGAUUUCUGAACUGGAUUCCACUGGGAUAUAUUUUUGAGACCAAGUUAAUCAGCACAUUAAUUUAUAAGUUCCUGAAUGUUCCAAUGUUUCGAAAUGUUUCUCUAAAGUGCCUCACUGAGAUUGCUGGUGUGAGUGUAAGCCAAUAUGAAGAACAAUUUGUAACACUAUUUACACUGACAAUGAUGCAGCUAAAACAGAUGCUUCCCUUAAAUACUAAUAUUCGACUUGCAUACUCAAAUGGAAAAGAUGAUGAACAGAACUUUAUUCAAAAUCUCAGUUUAUUUCUCUGCACCUUUCUGAAAGAACAUGGUCAACUUAUAGAGAAAAGACUCAAUCUCAGGGAAACACUCAUGGAGGCCCUUCAUUAUAUGUUGUUGGUAUCUGAAGUGGAAGAAACUGAAAUCUUUAAGAUUUGUCUUGAAUACUGGAAUCAUCUGGCAGCUGAACUCUAUAGAGAGAGCCCAUUUUCUACAUCUGCUUCUCCAUUGCUCUCUGGAAGUCAGCAUUUUGAUGUUCCUCCCAGGAGGCAGCUGUAUUUACCCGUGUUAUCAAAGGUUCGUUUAUUGAUGGUUAGUCGAAUGGCUAAACCAGAGGAAGUACUGGUUGUAGAAAACGAUCAGGGAGAAGUAGUGAGAGAAUUCAUGAAAGAUACAGAUUCCAUAAAUUUGUAUAAGAAUAUGAGAGAGACAUUAGUUUACCUUACUCAUCUGGAUUAUGUAGAUACAGAAAGAAUAAUGACUGAGAAACUUCACAAUCAAGUGAAUGGUACAGAGUGGUCUUGGAAGAAUUUGAAUACGUUAUGUUGGGCAAUAGGCUCCAUUAGUGGAGCAAUGCAUGAAGAGGAUGAAAAACGGUUUCUUGUUACUGUUAUAAAGGAUCUAUUAGGAUUAUGUGAACAGAAAAGAGGCAAAGAUAAUAAAGCAAUUAUUGCAUCAAAUAUCAUGUACAUAGUAGGUCAAUAUCCAAGAUUUUUAAGAGCUCACUGGAAGUUUUUGAAGACAGUAGUUAACAAGCUGUUUGAAUUCAUGCAUGAGACCCAUGAUGGAGUGCAGGACAUGGCUUGUGAUACUUUCAUCAAAAUAGCUCAAAAAUGCCGCAGGCAUUUCGUUCAGGUUCAGGUUGGAGAAGUGAUGCCGUUUAUUGAUGAGAUUUUAAACAACAUUAACACUAUAAUUUGUGAUCUUCAGCCUCAGCAGGUUCAUACAUUUUAUGAAGCUGUGGGAUACAUGAUUGGUGCACAGACAGACCAAACAGUCCAAGAACAUUUGAUAGAAAAAUACAUGCUACUCCCUAAUCAAGUGUGGGAUAGUAUAAUCCAGCAGGCAACCAAAAAUGUGGACAUACUGAAAGAUCCAGAAACAGUCAAGCAGCUCGGUAGCAUCUUAAAAACAAAUGUGAGAGCUUGCAAAGCUGUUGGACAUCCCUUUGUAAUUCAGCUUGGAAGAAUUUAUUUAGAUAUGCUUAAUGUAUAUAAGUGCCUCAGUGAAAAUAUUUCUGCAGCUAUCCAAGCUAAUGGUGAAAUGGUUAAAAAUAUUUAUCCUGUUAGAAUAGGCUGCAUCUUUUUAACAACUCAUUAAAAAAAAAACAAAAUAAAACUCUGGCUUUUGAGAUGACUUAUACUAAUUUACAUUGUUUACCAAGCUGUAGUGCUUUAAGAACACUACUUAAAAAGCAAAAUAAACUUGGUUUACAUUUA